UCUUUCCCGCAUCGGAAACGUUUCCUCUCCACUGACUCCCACUGCGAGCGACCGCCAACGGAACGAAUUUGAAUAUCUUCAGUCCCAAAUCGGCUUACGAACAAGAAGCCAAGGACGAAGAACUGACUAUUUUCUUCUUCCCUUCAUUUUUCACACCCCAUUUCCCAGGAAAUUUCAUUACACUGGCAGAUGCAGACGAAGUAUUCUUGGAAGAACUGACUAUUUUCUUCGUCAAAUCGUUAGCCCUAGGGAUCCAUUUGAAGUUGAAGUGCGAACUUAGCAAAAGGGGGAUUCAAUUUUCAAUCUCAAGAUGACUAGUAAAAUAGACGGUACUGGAGAGGCUGCUUUUCACAUGCUGCAGCCAGAGCGUGACCUUCGGUUGAAUUGGGAAGUCGACCUCGCCUUGAACCUCGAGAGAUAUCUGUUGCAGAUUUGCUCCGGUGAGUUACAGUCCGGCGAAGAUGAGAACCACAAUGUCAAUUUUGCCGAAGCUGCUCUGCUUCUCCAAGGUUCCAUUCAAGUGUACAGUCGCAAGGUUGAAUACCUCUACUCAUUAGUUUUGCGAGCAUUGGAGUUCCUAUCUGAGAAAAGGCAGGAUCAUUUGGAAGGGACCUCAAUUGAAGCGGAACAAAAUGGUUCUCACAAAAUCGUUGAGGAUGAAAACAACUUAUAUUGGGUUUCUGGGGAUGUGCCAGUUGACCCAAAGAAUACCUUGGAGAGUACCAAGGAAGAUGUUUGGUUACAUCAAACGGUGAAGCCUCCUGCAAAUUUAGUCGUUCUUGAGGGUGAUUGCUUGGAUGCAUCUGAUGACAAUGGGGAGCUAGAUUCAUACCUGUUGGCCACCACUAGUAAUAUUUUCCAAGACUUUAUCCUCUUAGAUCUGUCUGAUGUUAAAACACUCGAAGAUUUUAUGAAUGAGGGUAAUAAAUUUGAACGCAGCCAAAAUGCUGGGUGUAGGGGCAGCUCAACCCGCAAGGGUUGUCAGUCUCCAUCAACUAGACGUUCUGGAGGAACUCUGCAAAGAUCAUCUGUUCGUAAGACCCAGGGUGAUCAUGCUGUGCAAUCACCGCUUGCCAAUAAUUGCUUCGUGCAUAUUUCUCCUUUUUGUGAUAACUUUGCCAAUGAAGAUCAUGUGGAUGUUGGUAAUUCUGAACCAGAGGAUUCAAAUGGUUCUGAUGAUGAUGAUGAUUUUUGGAAGCCUUUGAAUCCCCAUGAACCUGGAAAUUUAAAAAUAAAACCAUUUAGAAAAGUUAAAGCUUUUAAAAAGAAUUAUAACAAUUCUGGUAAGAAUGAGUCUCUAGCGGCUUUGUUUCCAAUAGCAAAAUUACAUGGUCCCAUUAGUCAAGAAUUCACACAGAUUUGGGAAGAGCAGAAACAUGGAUUCGAAACACACAAAGAAUCCAAUUCUGGUUUGUUAUAUGAAAAGCUGCGAAAUUCCCUUGUCAAUGAAGGUCAUAGAAGUUGUGAUUCCAUUUCUGAUGUGGAGGAUGACAAUAUUGAUAAUGGUUUUGAAGAUGCAAUGCCUGAUGUCAAUCCGCCUGAUAUUGAUGAUCCCAACUAUCAGUAUAUGGACGAGGCUACAUGUUAUGGGAAUGAAAAGCAUGAUGACGCAGCUCAUUUUGAUAAUGGUGAAGCAUAUGAACCUAAAUUUCCAGAUUCUCGUUCAAGUCUAGAAGAUCUUUGUCGUUCUCAUCUUGAUGCACUCCUUGCUAGCAUUGCUGAGACUGAGAAGCAGACUGAAAUGGCGACUCGAGUCUCUACGUGGAAACAAAAUAUUGAACACAAUUUGGAAGAGCAAGACAAACACCCUCCAUUUGAUAUUCAUGAAUACGGCAAAGCAAUUCUUGAAGAAUUAUCUAUUGAAGCUGACAGAGGAGGUCUCAUGCCUUUCUCUGAUGUUGUUGAAGGGCAGGAGAAGUACAAUGUAGCCCGAAGCUUUUCCGCACUACUUCAAUUGGUGAACAAUGGAGAUGUGGAGUUGGAAAAGAAUGGGGUUGAUGGGGAGUCGAUUUGCUAUACUUCUGUGAAUCCGUUCCACAUUAGGCUUAUUCGCCAUGAGAAACGAGUCGAUAAAACACGACAUCAAACCUCAAGAAAGAGGUCUGUGUCCCCAUGUAAGAGUGAAAUUAAUACUCUCAAAGAAUCUCGUACAAGAGACAAGAAGAGACAAAACAAGGGAAAGUUGGUGGCAUAAAGUGCACUCCUGAAUGCAAAAGGAGACUGAGAUCUCGAUUUGUUGAACCAGUUGAUUGACCUUCUACUGGACAACAAUAUCUGAUGUGCAGUUGACUAUUUGUAUGUUGUAAAGAAAUUCAACAUGUCUUGUUGUAGCAUUGAGCACCAACCUCUUGUUGGGGCAAUUAGUGUUAAAGUACCUUGUGUCACUAAAACAUAAUUUAACCAUGUAAUUCAACAUAUUCCUUUUUCCCUCGUUUAGGUUUGUUUAUUAAUUAUCAUAUGGGAGGGAAAUGGAUGUAUUAAAAGGAAAGUAUAUCUUAACCAUGUAAUUAUCACUGGUAUUGAUUCUUGUAUUUUACUCUUUC